CAGCAGCGAGCAGGCAGGCGCGGAGCUGCCCUUCCAUAGGAGCCGCCAUUAGCGCUGGGACCCGCUGACAGGGUCUCGGCGGCGGCGGCCGGCGCGGCGCGGGGAGCGGAUCAGCCGGGGUGGGUCCCCGUUUGAUGGAUCCCCGGAUAGCCUGGUUCCAGCCAGAGCAGCUCGGCCCCUCGAACCGCCUGUGGAUGCAGAUCUGGGAAACCACGCAGGGGGUCCGCAACCUCUACUUCCAGCAGCAGCAGCAGCAGGAGCAGCAGCAGCAACAGCAGCAGCAGCAGCAGAGCGCCCCCGCCGCGGCCGGCCCGGCCUCCCCGCCCGGCAUGUACCGCGCCCCCCGCGCCGACCCCCCGCCCGACUUCCUGCCGCUCGAGAGCGCCAACAACCCGCACAGCCGCGGCCACCGCCAGGCCUCGCCGCCCCCGGGGGCCGCCGCCUGGGCCCGGCCCGCGCGGGGGGCGCCGCCCGCCGCCGCCGCCGCCGCCAGCAACAAGAGGAAGCGCGACAACAAGGCCAGCACCUUCGGGCUCAACUACAGCCUGCUGCUGGGCCGCGCCCCCGCCCCGGCCGACGAGCCGGCCGCCCGCGCCCAGCCCGGCCUGGCCGAGCCGCUCUACACCGGCACCCCCUGGAAGAAGAGGAACUACAGCCAGGGAGUCGUGGGUCUUCAUGAAGAAAUCAUUGACUUUUAUAAGUAUAUGUCUCCCAGACCUGAAGAAGAGACAAUGCGGAUGGAAGUGGUGUCCAGAAUAGAAAAUGUUAUCAAAGAGCUCUGGCCUAAUGCAGAUGUGCAGAUAUUUGGAAGUUUUAAAACUGGUUUAUAUUUACCUACAAGUGAUAUUGAUUUAGUUGUGUUUGGAAAAUGGGAGACAUUACCUCUUUGGACCCUGGAAGAAGCUCUUAGAAAGCACAAUGUAGCAGAUGAAAACUCAGUAAAGGUUUUAGAUAAAGCAACUGUACCUAUUAUUAAACUGACAGAUUCCUUCACUGAAGUAAAAGUUGAUAUAAGCUUUAAUGUACAGAAUGGGGUUAAAGCAGCCCAGCUCAUCAAAGAUUUUAUCAAGAAAUAUCCUGUGUUACCAUUUCUAGUUUUAGUAUUGAAACAGUUCCUGUUGCAGAGGGACCUUAAUGAAGUAUUUACAGGUGGAAUUGGUUCUUAUAGUCUCUUUUUAAUGGCUGUCAGUUUCCUUCAGCUGCAUCCCAGGGAAGAUGCCUGUAUGCCCAAUGCCAACUAUGGUGUUCUUUUAAUAGAGUUUUUUGAAUUAUAUGGACGUCACUUCAAUUAUCUGAAGACUGGAAUCCGAAUAAAGGAUGGUGGCUCUUAUGUUGCCAAGGAUGAAGUGCAGAAAAGCAUGUUGGAUGGCUACAGACCAUCAAUGCUCUACAUUGAGGAUCCAUUACAGCCAGGUAAUGAUGUUGGGAGGAGUUCCUAUGGUGCCAUGCAAGUGAAGCAGGCUUUUGAUUAUGCCUAUGUUGUUCUGAGCCAUGCUGUUUCCCCAAUAGCUAAAUAUUAUCCUAACAACGAAACAGAAAGUAUAUUAGGGAGAAUAAUUAGAGUAACACAAGAAGUGGCCACAUACAGAGACUGGAUAUCCAAGCAGUGGGGAAUGCAAAGCAGAACAGAAUCUUCAUGUAAUGGUAAUGGAGUGACCUUGAUAGUAGAUACUCAGCAGCUGGACAAAUGCAACAAUAAUCUUGCUGAAGAGAAUGAAGCACUGGGAAAGCCUAGAAAUAAAACUUCAGAAACACUUAGUAAACAUUCUUCAAAUUCUUCAUCAGGUCCUUUAUCAUCAUCAUCAUCUACAUUGUCCAGCUCUAGUGAUGUAGAUUCUGAUGGAACACCUUGCAAAACCUCUAAACAGUUGAGUUGUCGUCAGUCUACCACAAACAGAGUGGGGUCACAAGAAGUGUCACUGGAAUCCUCCCAGUCAAGUGGGAAAACACAAAAUAGCCAAACAGCCAAUACAUCCAGCAACACGAACAAAUCUCAGCACGGAUCCGCACGGUUAUUCCGCUCCUCUAACAAAGGCUUCCAAGGUCCAACAAACUCAAGCCAUGGUACCUCAGUCACAAACAAACAGCACCAAGGCAGCAAAUCACACCAUCAGUUUUUCCACGGCAAAAAGAGGAAACACAAGAGGGAUGCAGCUCUGUCAGACCUUUGUAGAUAGUUGACUACUUUAAGACUGUUCUUCUGUGUGCAAUGAUCUCAUGCUACAGGAUAGUUUGAUAGUGACUCCUUGGAUCUCUUCUGGAGCUUCAGACUGUUCAGACAUAGAUUAGCAACUGCAUUUUUUUUUCCCAGCUCGCCACGGAACGGAACAUGAAGAUUGAUCACUGCAAAAAAACAAAAAAAAAGAAAAAAAAAGAAAAAAAUGGAAAAAAAAAGGAAAAAAUUAAUUUUUUAAAAUGAGGAAAAAGGCUGCUCAUUUGAUAAGUCAUAUGCUACAACAGGGUCAUUUAGGAUAUAAAAGCUUGAAUGUAAAAUAAAUGUAUUUCCCAUCAGCUCAUGCUGACCUGUAGAGAUAGUACUCAGUGUGUCUAGGGGGUGGUAACAAACAAAUAAAACACAAAAAAUAGGAAAAAAAAGGCAAAAAAUUGUAUUUUGAGGGAAACCCAGCCUUUAAAGGUGAAAGUAAUUUGUGCAUGAUUUUUUAAUUAUUUUUGCAUAUACUUACCAUUUUAUUGUGUAUAUAUAGAUGACCAUAUAGGAAAACUGACAUUUGUAAUAGUGGAUUUGUUAAUACUUUUUACAUAACAUUACUGUUUAAAUUGUAAACAUAAAUUUUUUCUCAGGAUUAGUUUGGAAAAUAAUCUGAAUUGUCAUCUUAACAUCCAUAUAAAGAGACAUUACUAGUUGUAUUGCUCAGAUUUUCUUUUCUUGGCAUUUGGAAGAUCUCAUAGAACUUUUGAUCUGCAAAAGCUGUUCCUCUGAAAGAAAGGUUUAUGGUGACAAAUGAAGAUUUUCAUUUGUAUAAAGUGUACAUGUACUUUGUGUAGACACUGAGCUUGUCAUCUCUGAGAAGUAACCUUCACCUUGUUUUCUAGAGUGCCAUCAUUUCAGGCAAUGGGGUUUUAUAGUUGCAUCCUUCUCUUCCUCCCCUUGGUGGUCUCUCCUCGACCCUUCCUUCUUUUUUUUUAAGGAAAAACAAAGGGCCACUUGGGGUUUGGGGUUUUCU